AUGUCUAAUUCUCCUACAACAAAGAGAAAGUUCAAGUUAAAAUAUGAAGUUGUUACAGUAUUACUUAAUAUGAAUAUUAUUAGCCUGGUAUGUAUUUUGAUGACUUUGUUACAAAAAUAGCUUGUCAUAAAAGAAGAGUUUCAUCUCAAAGUAAAAUCUAACCAAGUAUUUUGGAGAACUAUGAAAAUAAAGUGCAUAAUGUCUUUGAAAAGUAAUUAUAAGAAGCAGAAAAAUUGCAUAAUAAAGUGAAGUAUUUAUUUUUUUAAACAGACCCCAGAAAGAUUAGUUAACUAAGAAGGAAUUAAUAGAAAAAUUAGUAGAUUAAAUGUAGGAUCAUUUACAUUAAAAAGAGAAAGAAUUAUUUGAAACAAGUAAUAUAGAAGAUUAAAAGAGAUUGGAAAAGAGAAAAUCAAUUUUUUAUUAAGAACAAUCUCAUUUAGCAAUGCUUGAGUAAAUGAAAGAGAGAUUUACAUCUUAAUAAGAAAACAAAAAAUAGGAUGAAAGAAAGAAGAUUAAACAUCAAAUUGAUUCAUCACCAGUAAGAGGUGCUCGUAAAAAAACUAAUUUAGAAUGUCAGUUAUAUGAAAAAGAAUAAAUUGAAUAUGGUCUCUAAGAAUAUUAUAAACUUUAGAGAAUCAAAAAAAAUGUUGAAAAAUAAUUAAAUCGUAUGGGAUUGGUUGAUACAUCAGUUCUUGAUUAAAGGAUUCAUUCACGUAAACUAUCACUAUUAUAAAAUUCAUCAUAAUUAAUACAUAGCAGUAUGUAAACAUAAGAAAAAUCUAAAUCUAAAAGUAACCCAAAAAUCCAUAAUACAAAUAACAUCUUAAAAAGAAUCAAAGAAAAAAUUUAACAUAUACACACUAAUUAUAGUAAUAAUAAUUCAAUGAGUACUCUUAUAACAUGUUGUGAUUAAGAGAUUGCAUAAUUAAAGAGAAUUGAUAAUGAUAUCUCUAAAAAGAAGAAAAUAUAGAUUAAAAAAUUUAAAGUUAUUUAAAGUGAUUUAGAUGCUAUUGGUUUUAUGAGAUUCUAAAGAGCCAAAAUAUAAUGA